AUGGGAUUAACAAGAUACACUAAGAGUGGAAGACUUGGGGAUAAUAUUUUCACAUUAUACUAUGAUCAUUUGGGAUUCAUACACAAACUGACUCCAGAACGCUUUGACACUGAUUCAUCAUCUUCAGGCUCUGGAAUGUCUUCUACUAUUUUUGGAACGCCACCUGAUUUGGGAUUUGAUACUGCACUAGCUCCACAGUAUCUCUCCCCCAAUGAAAUGAUUUUCUUUGCAUACGUACCUCUGAAUGAACCUAAAAACAUGAUAUACAAAAGGAAGUUCAAAAAUAUUCACAUUGGGAAAGUGAUAAACUACAGUAAAAAUGGAAAUGCUUAUAUCAGAAAAUUGCUAGUACAUGCCAAUGGUCCUUUGGGAUUUCAUACCUCAGUUCUCACAGAAAUAAUAGAACCAUUUGGAGUAGAAGAAUCUGUGAAGAGUUCUUCUGUAACUGGUUCUCUUAAAAUCUCAUAUACUGGAAACGUUUUCUACCACAUUGAAAUUACAACAGCAGGUUCUCUAGCAAAUUUUUCAGAUGCAGAUGUAGAAAAGACUGUGGUGAGACCUGGCUACAGUAGCUUCCUGAUCACAGAAGUUAGAGAUCUAAAGAAUGUUUUAUCCCUGGCUACUAUGCCUCAUAAAAUAAAAUCACCUUUGAACUUCCCAGAAAAUUCUUGGUUCUUAUACAGCUUUGGCUCAACAAAAGGACGGAAUUGGACCAUAAGCUUAAAGCCAUGUAAUUAUUGGGUUCAACAAGAUGAACAUGAUAUUGUAUCCCUCAAUGUUGUGAAAUAUCUUGAUGUGGGAAACAAAGCAAAUUAUGAACUUAAGUUGAUUCCCAAUACGAGAGGUAUGAAACUACUUCAAGUCCCACCAGUCAUUGUGAUUGUUGGAAACCCAGCCUUACUGGAAGUUAAGACAGAAGGCUAUUAUGAUGUCACUGAUAGUUACAAUUUGAAUGCUCAUGUAGCUAGCAAAUUUUUCCAUAAAGGUUCCACUUCACUAUCAUUGAUUAUGUGGGAAGCCUCAACUUCAUGCUCUGUAACUACAAUGUUGCCCAUCAUGAAGAGCAGUUGCAGCUACCUCAAGACUCUACACCACAUUCCUGGCAGACAAAUACCACGUGAAGACUGGAUUAGUGGAGUUCACAAGGACAGUCAGGGUUUCAAUAUGAUCAAAACUCUGCCGAUAAACUACAGACCUCCAUCCAAUAUGGGAAUUUCUAUUCCACUCACAGAUAAUAUUUAUCAUGCAGACCCUAGCAAACCCAGACCAAGAAGUCUAUUUCACAAGUCAAAGGUAACAGGCCAACUCAAGCAGUGUAAUAAUGUUCCCAGUAGGGAAAUGUGCAACUGCACAGAACAUCAAAAGUUUUCACAUGCUGUCGCUUUCUCAGACUGCAAAGAAAAGGUUCAUCGUUUCAAGUUUCCAGUCAUACAAUACCCAGUUGCUUUGGAAAUUUUCACUGAAAAAGAAAAAUUCGCGGUGGAACCUCCCUAUUUGGUUACCAUGACCGAAGUGAAUAUGAGGCAAAACUGGCAACUAAAACACAAUAUGCCAGAAAACGUUAAGAAAAUGAAGGAUUACUUAGAGCCACUGCUUAAGACUUCAGUGUAUAAUCCUUUAGGUCUCAACAUAAGUAUAAGGGGUUCUGAGCUGUUUCACUUCAAGGUGUCUGUGGUGCCUGGGGUCAGCUUUUGUAACUUAGAAGAAGAAUUUCAGAUUUAUGUCGAUGAAGUACCAUUGCCUUUUCCAGGACAUAUGCUAAUUGCUGUUGCAACAUCUGUAGUUCUAGGGGGAUUAAUUUUUGUAGCAUUUAUAUUGCAACUGCGUAACAUCCACCUAUGGAGAGCAUUCUGCAGAUACCUUAAAAGAGAGACUGCAAACCCAUCAGCUACAAGUAUCAGCUCAGAAGGGAAAGCCUAGAUAGUGAACAAAUGAUAAUUAUAUCUAUUUCCUAGUUCUACUAAACAUGUCCAUACAAUAUAUUUAUAUUUUAUAAAUGCAUAUUAGGCACAAUGCUAUUGAGUUAUACUAUUAUAAUUCUAGUUGCUGUUAAUCAGUAGUUCCAAUUUCCAUUUUCUUAUUUUUAAUACAUAGAAAAUUACUUUAGCACUUACAUGGUUUUCUUUUUUUUUUAGAUUGUUUUGGAAAACAUAAAAUGAUAACCAAUUCUCUGUGCAAUGGGUUUUCUUCAUUAUUCAGCUCAUAUGGUCUAGAGUUCAUUAUGUAGGGCUAGGUUCUAGAUAGAAUAGUGGUACAAUGAGGGUACCAUUACACCGUGGGAGUUAGACAUGGAGAGACUA